CCCGGCGCCAUCCAGAGAGAUAUACCACGCCAAUGGCAGACAGACACACAGGCGGGAAGCAGAAGCAAUCGAUCAAAGAGCACCAGCCGUUCCCUCCAGCCUCCCCCGCCCUCAUCUUUCUGUGUGCCUCUCUCAUGCGACGCGCUUGAUGCCUCGUCACAUUCAGCUCCACCACACGUCAACCAAACACAGCCACGUCCAACCGACCCACACCCCUCACGCCACAACACACCACACACACAGCCCACCACUACUGUCCAUUGCAUCAUCGCCAUUCCCGCUGUCCGCUGCUGAUGUGGGCUGGUGUGAGUUCUGGGCCGCUGCUGGUGCUGGUGCUGGUGUGGGCUACCGGAAUGCGGCCCCCAGCUGCUGCCAUGUGAACUGGCAGUCGGCAUCGCCCAGAUGGGUGUUGAAGCCCUUGACCACCGCCCCAUCCGCCAGCCCCCACUUGGCCGCCUCGUCCAGCCUGGCCCGAUGCACCACCUCAGGCAGACCCACACGGCCACGUGUGUGCACCGCCUCACGCGGACGGCUGUCGACACCCUCCAGCUCGAAGCACCGCAGCUGCGGCACACGCACCACCUGGCCGCCCACAUCGGCCGUCCCGCCCACCACCUCCCUGUUGCUGCUGGCCUGGUACACUGCCGACUUGACGAAGCGCUCCGCUGCCGCACACACACGGCGGGCCAUGUCGCUGUGCCGCACACCGAUGGCCUCACUGACGGCCUCCUGGGCGGCAUCCAUGUCGAAGAGGUAUGACGCGAUGCGCCAGCCAAAGACGGGGGCCUCCUGCGGGCCGACGGCCAGCCGGGGGGUCAGGAGGGCCGCGAGGGAGCGGUGGGGGGCGAGGGCGGCGUUGACGGCCACCAUGACGGCAGCGGGCAGCUCGUUGAGCACCGCCGCAUGCUCCGUCAGCACCAGCUGGCGGCCACGGCGGUCCCUUUGUGUGACUGUGGAGAUGGUGUUGAUGUCGGCCCCCGCCCGCAGCAGGCUGCGGAUGGUGAGCUUGUAGUUGUCGAUCUUGGCUCGAUACCGCUCCUUGGCCGGCUCUGGUGUGUCCGGGUCCUGGAGCAAUUGAGUGCGGUGGUCGAGCUCGUAGGCAGCCCAGGCGAGGGGCGUGUCGCCAGAGUUGUCCCGUCUGUUGAUCUCGGCAGCGGGCAGCUUGCGGCAGAGGUAGUCGGCCACGUGGGGAGAGCCACACUCUGCCGCCCAGUGCAGUGGCGUCCAUCCGUUGCCGUCGGCUGCCGUCAUGUCGGCCCCGUUCGCCGUGAUGAGAUCCAGGUAGCUGUCGAUGAAGCACUGGGGAUAGCGCCCUUCCGCUUGUAUGGCUGCCCUGUGCACCAGGUUUUUGCCCCAGACGUCUCGUUCGGCAGCGAGGGUGGGGUCUCGUGUGAUGAGUUGCCGAUACAUCGACAGCAGCAGCUCCAGAUACUGCGGGGGAGGCGGACGCAUGGCAUAGGGCAGCUCCAUCACCAUGGGUGCGUCUGGUGGACGUAGGUCGAUUCCGUGCCGCGCCGUCAGGAUGUCGAAUGCCGUCCGGUUGCCAUACGCAAUCGCCAAUUGGAGGGGCGUCUGUUGGGGAUGAUCGGCUGCCGCAUUGGGGUCGGCUCCUCCGUCGAGGAGUGCGAUCAGGACGGCCGAUUGCAGCUCGUCAGACGACCACUUUGGCAGGCAGACAAGACGGUCAUCACCCUCAUCGGCUUCUGCUUGGAUGGUCGGGACGGCAUAGUCCGAGUUGUUGUCAAUGGCGAGAUGGACCAGCGAGUAGCCGUAGACGGCACGACGCAUGCUGCCCUUCUGCCGCAGUCGAGGCUCCACAUGGGGGUCGGCACCCAGCUCGAUGAGGUCGGUCGCGUGCUGCGGGGCGGAGAUGGUGCGGCCGAUGAUGCCCAAUGCCAGCUGCUUGGUGACCUCGUUGGUGCCCAGGGGGAAUCGAGCCUCGAUGUCGUUGGCUCCCACACAGCCGUCAGGCACCUCAACCGUGGUGGCCACCAGCACAGGAUGGCCUGCAACACACACACACAGCCACCACACGGCACACACAGUGAAGGAAUGUGUGUGAGGAUCACAUCCUCUCGCGUCUGUCUGUCUGUCUGUCUGGCGUACCGUCCUCCUCAUAGCCGUCGUCUUCAUCGCUCUCGUUGUCGUCAUCGAUGCCGUCGUCGUCGUCGCCCAGCGGCCCACCGUCGUCAUCACUGUCGUCCUGUACACCAUCCUGCCACAACAAAGGGAAAAAGUGAGAAACACUGCUGACGGUCGUCGCAUGGGGCGGCUGUUGCUGUCAAUGAGUGACUCACCGAUUCGGAUUCGCUAUCAGCUGCCGCCUGUAGACCUUCUCCCUCCUCCUCGGCCAUCUCGCCGUCCUCCUCCUCACCCAACAAAUCUGAAACGAAGACAUACCAACACAUUCGUCAACAAAGCAAAAAUGAGUGUGCCACUGGUGUGUUGAUGAGUCUGUGUGGCGUGCUGUUGACUCACCACUGUCAGCGUCAUUGUCGUCUUGCCCGUCUGGCUGCCCGCCGCCGUUGUUAUCCUCCUCAGCCACAUCGUCUGCACACACAAUCGAAGGCACACACACACACACGUGUGGCGCUGAUGCUGUGUGUUUGAUGUGUCACAUUCAUCUGUGUGUGGCGUACCCGCAUCGCCACCGUCACCGUCCGCCAUGGCAGCGGAGGCCAUCUGGCUGUCGUGACCUCCAGACAUCUCACUCAAACAGACACCAACAGCUGCACCAACCACACACACACAGAGAGGCGACAAGAGAUGGGCAGACACCUGCUGCAUGUGUCGUGUGUGUGCUCGCCCACCUAGCUAUGAGUCAAAUGGUACAAAGGCGCUCAAUCAGUCCGCCCCGUCACCAAGGCCGACCUGCACAACACGACACCGACACACAAAGGCAGCAAGGCACAUCACGACUACUGGUGAACGAAUCGCCUGAGCGCGUACCGUCGGGUGGCUCUCUCCUGCUAAGCGCCGCGAUGAUUAAUUCCCCAGCGAAGGCCUCCGGCGACAGAGAGGAAGGAGGCCCGUCCAUGAGGAAACGUCAGAGUGAUAGCCAAACGGAUGGGCGGAGGGAUGGACGUGACGUCAGGAGUCCCUCUGGGACGGACGUGACGUCAGGGAGUCCCUCGUCUUUCCUCUCCCUUUUCCCU